UAUUAGUAUGCUUUCAGAGGUGUUGAAUGUAGAAGCUGUGUUGAAUAAAAACUUGAAGUCCUGUUAAUUGAAGGUUGAAUCUUAAAUUAUUCUUCAGCCAUUAGGUAAUACUGAAAACACGAAAAUAAGUACAACACAGAGCAAGAAAGAUCAAACUUGGAAAUAUCAUCCGAUACAAAUAGUAAUUCACCUUCACGAAUUUGCGUGACAGUAGUUAGUACGUCUACAUAUACAUCAUUAUGUGCCGCAAAUAUUUUAACAAUCGUGGAAAAACCGAUAUCUGUCGUGUGCGUUGUGUGUGAUAAAAAUCUUUGCGUAGGAAAUGUGAAACAUAAAUCAUGUGCCUCUCCAAAAAUUUUACUGAAUACUACGCAACACAAAAUGUGAAAUGUGGACCAGGCUUUAGGUAACAUAAAAAAUAUAACCUCGAAAUGGGAAAGUUUUCCCUAUUUAGUAUUUAUUGAGUAAUCAUUGCUUCUUAGUUCUUACUGACUUAAUUCUUACAAUUUUUUCAUAGAUAAAUUGAACGUUGUGAUGACAUUUUAUCUGAAGCCACCCAGGGGAAAUUUAAAUCUAUACAUUUUAGAAGAUUGUAUAAGAGAAAGACUGUUAUGUUACAAUUACUUGAAAAAUGGAAGCUUUGACUUAACUAACUUUCAAUAUUUAGUGGAAGAUAGUUCCUUGGACCGAACAGGUCAUUUUAUAUUGAGACUAAUGGCCUGCUGCAAUCACACCUUUGAAUAUGAUUUUGUACAAAAAGAAUUGAAGUUAUUAGAAGUAAGAUUAAUUUCGUAUGAUAUGGGAGAUGUAAAAAUUUUCCUAAAGCGAAUAUUAAAACAUACACGAGAAAUAAUAAGUGAUAACAGGAACAAAGACUUGUUUGAUAUUUUUUUUGUUUUUUUAAAGGUGAUAUGCCUAAUGCUAUCUAAUGUUUUCUUAAAACACAUAUUUGCAAUUGGACGAAAUGGUUGUUUUAUUGGUUGUAACUUGUUUGUAAUAGAAGUACCAUAUUAUUUUUGUUUAUCAAUGACAGCAAAUAGAGUGGUCAUCAUAAAAAAUGGUUUGGCACAAGUGCCUUGCACUUUAUGGAAAGAUUUGUUACUGGGUUUAUACUUCACCUACCUCAAGAAAGUUUUGAAAUGUUUGAAAUAUUCAGGAUACAUAACUUGUACUUUAGAAGAUUCAAGAAUACAGAAUAUUUUCCAAUUAGUCAAGAAUUACACUUCAGGAAAGAAUGUGAGGACAAUGGAAAAUGAAUCAUCCUUUAUUAACUUUAACAAUAUUUCAAAUGAAUCAAAGUUUUUUCCACUUUGUAUGCAGAAUUUGUUUAAGGUGUUGGAAAGAACAAAUCGUUUGUGUUAUAAUGAUAGUUUAUAUAUGAAGACUAUAGGUAUGUCUAUGUCAGAUUCACUAAAAUUUUGGGAAAACACAUAUUCAAAGGAAUGUAGCACCAGUUCCAGAUGCUCACAUAGUUGGCAGAAAAAUGGAAAACGCUACAUCUAUGGAAUUAGACAUCUAUAUGGUCUGGAAGGUUCAAGAAAGGAUUAUCACUGUCGUUCCUGCACAUUUCUACAGGAAAGAUCACUGGGUGCUAGGGACGAAGGAGGUUGCCCUUUUAGAAAAUUUGAUGACAAUAAUUUAAGAGCUAUUUUGAAAACAAUUUUCCCAAACAAUCCAGAUGAAAUAGAAGUGAUGAUUUAUGAAAGAAAUAAUGAUCCUAAUGUAGCCUGUAAUUUAUUUUUCAAUAUCGUAUUUAAUAUUAUAACUAGGAAGGAGUUGAAUCAAAGUAUGACUUUUGGUAGUCCUGCAAACUAUUAUUUUCAGUUGAAAAAACUGCUUGCUAAGGUGAGCUGAAAAACAUUUUUCAUAAUGUUUAGUAUAAAAAAUAUUAUUUUCAACAUAUUUUUGAUAGUUAUAAUAAUUGGAGAAAAUGUGAUUCAUAUAAAAUAAAAGCAUAUUGUGAAAUGUGAGUCUGCAACCACUGUUUUAUUUGCGAAAAAUAUUCCAUUCGCGGUAAUAUUAAGAGUACUGCACCAAUGUCAUCUGAAACGUAAAUACCAUUUUGUAGCCCAUCAAAAUUGCAACCUAAAAUAAUAAAAUAUAGAAAGACAUACUAGUUUUUUUCACAACCUCACCAAUUAUGAUUGCCAUUUAUUUAACAAGCAGUUUGAUUCUCACGGUGAACAUUAUAUUUGUUAUAACACAAAAUGAGGAGAAAUAUGUAUAAUCCACAGAGACUCGGACAGUUAUGCAGAUUCCUUCGUAAAAUUAGAAGUGCAGCUGCCAACAAUCAAUGAGCAUAUUACCAUGAAUAACUACAUUAGAGCAUGUGCAGUGUGGAAUACAAUCAAUUGUAAGACAUUGGCACAGUAUAGUGACAUAUAUGAAUUAGACGUUUAACUUUGGGCUAAUGUAUUUGGAAAUUUCAUAGAAGUAUUUUUAGAUAUAUAACCUAGAUCCUGAUCAAUAUCUGACAAUUUCACGUUUAAGCUGGAAUCCAAUGUUCCGAAUGACUAAAGCUGAGUUAGAGCUGCUGAAAGAUGUGGAUUUGCCACAUUUUUUAAAAAAUGGAUAAGAGGUGGAACGUGACAUUGUAGUGUAAGGAAAGCAGUAGUCAACAAUAAACUUUUAGAAAAUUAUGACCCAUUAAAAUCAAGCUCCUUUAUUCAUUACUUAGACACAACAAUCCUUUAUGGAGCAAGUAUGUCCCAAUAUCUUCCCACAGGCAAUUGUAGAUGACUUACAUCACAUGAAAUUGAAAAUUUGUGUUGUUCACAAAUUUAUGAUAAUUCAAGCAAAGUUUGGGGAUAACGACCUUCCUUUUUGCCCUGAAUAUAUCAAGCUACCCCAUACAAAACUAUCACAUUUAAUAUGUAAGUUAUAUAAUAAAGAAAAAAUAUAUUAUACAUUACAAAAAUUGGUCUUAAAC